AUGGAGCUGGCGCAUGACCUGUUGACGGAUUCCUGCAUAAUAGCGAUCAGGAACUUCAUCUGCCGUAGAGGACCAGUAUAUAGACUGCGGAGUGAUAACGGCAAGAAUUUCGUGGGAGCUGACAGAGAGGCCAGGCGAUUUGGAGACGUGUUCGAGAUGGAGAGGAUACAGAGUGAGUUGUCCAGCAGAAGCAUUGAAUGGGUUUUCAGUUGCCCAUCGAACCCGUCUGAGGGCGGAGUAUGGGAGCGGAUGGUGCAGUGCGUCAAACGAGUGCUGCGCCAUACCCUGAAGGAAGUCGCGCCGAGGGAUCAUGUGUUGGAGAGUUUCCUGAUCGAGGCGGAGAAUGUAGUCAACUCGCGUCCGCUCACACACUUGCCGGUGGUUGCGGACCAAGAGACGCCGUUGACGCCAAACGAUCUGCUCAAGGGAGCAGCUAACCUACCGAAUACGCCUGGAUUGGAUGCGGAGCUGCCCAAGGAGGGUUCUACGCGAAAGCAGUGGAGGAUUGCUCGCAUGCUGCGAGACCGUUUCUGGAGGAGGUGGGUCCUGGAGUACCUGCCUACGCUUGUGCGCUGCGAGAAGUGGUGACGAAGAACGGAACCCAUCCGCCAGGGCGAUAUGGUCUUCGUCUGCGAUCCUGCCAUGCCCAGACGAGAGUGGCGCAAGGGCAUCGUGGAAGAGGUCUACAGCGGAGCUGAUGGAGUCGUCAGACGCGCCACAGUGCGCGUGAACGACAAUGGCCUAUCUCGGACAAUGUUGCGGCCCAUCUCGAAACUUGCAGUUUUGGAUUUGAGUGAAGCGGUUCUUCACGGGGUCGGGGAUGUCACAUUGUAGUCGAUAGGUAGAAUAAGUAUUGUAUGGGAAUCUAGUAUUUGUUAAGUUAUCCGAUCUCGUUGGAUUUCAUGGCCCUUGAAGUGCGGGCCUACUAAUAUCGGUAUUGUGAAUGCCGCCAAAAAUGUGCUUCUCAUUGUCUUGUGAAUUGUAGGAGGGCACACUGCGAAUAAAACGUCAACCACGACCGCUCGUACGCGAGGCGCACGCCGCCCUUGAAGUAUCCCUCUCUUCGGACCUACGCGUGUGGGGUAGUCCUUUAAGGCAACUCCAUAUGAAGCAAGACAACUCCCUUUAUUCGCAGCCCUAGGGACCUGCAAGGGCAACUUGCGCUGGAGGACGACUUGGCGACCAGCUAGAGAGUUGCCAGGAGCAUUCCCGUACCAGUAGAGGAGUCGCAGACAGCGACAUACAGGAGCGCAGACAGCGCCUAACACUGGGUACGGAGGGAGACGCAGGCAGCGUCAGAUAAGGAGACCGCAGUCAGCGGUAAGGAGGCGCAAGGAGCGCCAAGAAGGGUGGCAGCAGACAGCGGGAGCGCAAGGAGCGUCAAGCAUCGGUUGCCGCAGACAGCAGUCUGAAGGCACAGGUUCCGCCAUUUUGGAGAGCGCUGAGGCAGCGCCGUAUUUGGACCUGUUGUGAUGCAGCAUUCCCCCAAGAGGAGUUCGCGGCUGAGAGGAGGGGACGCCACCCCUACAGCAGCGCGAGCGGAUCCGCAGCCAGCGAGUAGUGGAGCAGAAAACCGGCCGCGGCGGCGGACAUUUCUAGCCCAGCCACUACGGUGACUACAGUAGCGUCCCAACUCAGGAGUACUGCUGUCACAGCUGCGAGUUCAGAGCCGGAGAUGUGCCAGCCCCUCACGUCGGACCUUUUGAAAAGGAUUGCGGCUUUGGAGGAGGAGCUGAAGCAGGUUAAAACCCUGAACGGUGACAUCAAGGAGAUGUUCCACCAAGUGCUGAUCCGACCCUAGGAUCGGUGUUCCCAACGAUUCCUUUUGGAGAGAUGGCAACGACGAUCGAGACCCGGAUUUGUACGAGAUGAACGUAAUGACGUUUGGAGCAGCCUGCUCGCCGAGCGCUGCGCAUUACGUAAAGACGGUGAAUGCCCUGAAGUUUCGGGAUUCAGAUCCGAGGGCAGUCAAAGCCAUCACUACGUCGAUGACUAUGUGGACAGUUUCGCUACAGAGAGCGAAGCUAUCAGUGUAUCUACCCGAGUUAAGGAGAUACACGCGGAGGCUGGAUUCGAAUUAUGCCAGUUUUCAUCAAGCUCACCCAUCGUUGAAGCGGCGUUGGGACCACCUGGACAAGUCAAGAGCGUCGAAUGGGGUGAGGCUUCAGAUUCAACGUGGAGUAUCACCGAGUGCCAAGUAGCGUUCUAAGUGGAGAUCGAGUCCCUACAAAGAGGGAGUAUUUGAGCUUGCCGAUGAGAACGAUGUCGACCCCAAGGUUGAAGCUGCAGGCAGCGGUUCUUGGAACCAGACUGAUGAACACAGUCAAGGAGGAACAUAAUGUGGACAUCAGCGAGACGGUUUUGUGGACGGACUCAAAGACGGUGCUGAGAUGGAUGACAGAACCCACCGCCGGUACAAGCAGCUUGUCGGCAACCGAGUGGAGGAGAUCUUGGAGUCGUCGAAGGUUUCCCAGUGGCGAUGGAUACCUACAGCUGACAACGCAGCGGAUGAUGCGACGCGGUCGCAGAAUAAGGCGGACCUUAGCGCGGUAUCACGUUGGCUAAGCGGAUCCGCAUUUUUGAGGCAGCCUGUGAGCGGCUGACCGGCGCCUGAGGAGGAAACUAAGCGUGUUCCAGAUGCGCCUGAUGAAGAAGAGAUGCCCAGUGAGUUUGCAUUGGUGGCCGCCAAUAAUAAUUUCGUCAUUCCGUUCCAGAAAUUCUCGAGCUUCAGUCGCCUGGUGAUGACCACAGCAUGGGUCUUGAGGUUUGCGCGUUGGUGUCGCAAGCAAAGAAGCGAGCUCGAGGAGUAUGGACUCACUGCAACGGAGUGUGAGGCUGCGGAGAACCUGUUAGUUAGAGAGGCCCAAUUGGAAUCUUUUCCCGACGAGAUGAGGUCGGCGGAAUGCGGAAAAAACGUCGCAAGCUCGAGUGAGAUUCGAGGUCUGGCGCCUUACAUGGAUGAACACGGAGUUCUGCGAGUUUAUGGUAGAGUUGAUGCCGCACUGUCCAUGCCCUACAGUGCGAAGAGGCCCGUAAUACUGUCACACAGGCACAGUCUUACGGAAUUAAUCGUCAGGCACUUUCACGCCCAGAUGAAGCAUCAAAACGUGGAUGCGACGAUUGCUCAUAUAAGGACGAGAUUCUGGGUCACGAAGAUGAGACGAGUGUUGAAGGAAGUAAUCUCGUCGUGCAACGAGUGCAAGUUGCAACGAACGCGGCCGAUGCCGCCGAUAUGGGACCCCUUCCAGAGGAUCGACUGAAAGCAGGGGGAAUGGCCAUUCAAGUACACCGGAUUGGAUUACUUUGGGCCACUGCUGGUGACUGUAUCCCGUCACAGAGAGAAGCGUUGGGUCGCCUUGUUUACGUGCUUGACGACAAGGGCGAUUCAUAUGGAGCUGGCGCAUGACCUGUUGACGGAUUCCUGCAUAAUAGCGAUCAGGAACUUCAUCUGCCGUAGAGGACCAGUAUAUAGACUGCGGAGUGAUAACGGCAAGAAUUUCGUGGGAGCUGACAGAGAGGCCAGGCGAUUUGGAGACGUGUUCGAGAUGGAGAGGAUACAGAGUGAGUUGUCCAGCAGAAGCAUUGAAUGGGUUUUCAGUUGCCCAUCGAACCCGUCUGAGGGCGGAGUAUGGGAGCGGAUGGUGCAGUGCGUCAAACGAGUGCUGCGCCAUACCCUGAAGGAAGUCGCGCCGAGGGAUCAUGUGUUGGAGAGUUUCCUGAUCGAGGCGGAGAAUGUAGUCAACUCGCGUCCGCUCACACACUUGCCGGUGGUUGCGGACCAAGAGACGCCGUUGACGCCAAACGAUCUGCUCAAGGGAGCAGCUAACCUACCGAAUACGCCUGGAUUGGAUGCGGAGCUGCCCAAGGAGGGUUCUUCGCGAAAGCAGUGGAGGAUUGCUCGCAUGCUGCGAGACCGUUUCUGGAGGAGGUGGGUCCUGGAGUACCUGCCUACGCUUGUGCGCUGCGAGAAGUGGUGACGAAGAACGGAACCCAUCCGCCAGGGCGAUAUGGUCUUCGUCUGCGAUCCUGCCAUGCCCAGACGAGAGUGGCGCAAGGGCAUCGUGGAAGAGGUCUACAGCGGAGCUGAUGGAGUCGUCAGACGCGCCACAGUGCGCGUGAACGACAAUGGCCUAUCUCGGACAAUGUUGCGGCCCAUCUCGAAACUUGCAGUUUUGGAUUUGAGUGAAGCGGUUCUUCACGGGGUCGGGGAUGUCACAUUGUAGUCGAUAGGUAGAAUAAGUAUUGUAUGGGAAUCUAGUAUUUGUUAAGUUAUCCGAUCUCGUUGGAUUUCAUGGCCCUUGAAGUGCGGGCCUACUAAUAUCGGUAUUGUGAAUGCCGCCAAAAAUGUGCUUCUCAUUGUCUUGUGAAUUGUAGGAGGGCACACUGCGGUAAGAUUAAGUUAAGCUUGAAAUGUAUGAGACUGAUUUGAAUUGUUGAAAUUUCGCGGGCCACAUA